AAAAUGCGCAUAGAUGUCUGUGAGUCUUCAGUGCCACUUCUGAUGAUCUAGAUAGGUGUCCAAGUGGAUAAUACAAAGACGAAGAGAACCUUCUUUGGAACAAACUUAAACUAAUCGGACUUUUCUUGUGCAUUUUCCUCUUUACGGAUCUUACAACAAGCAAAUUCUGCAAACAUGCCUGUGUCAAGGAUGAGGAUGAGACCAUGGCUGGAGAAGAUGAUCGAUUCAAACGCCAUCACGGGUCUGAAUUGGGUGGAUAAGGAUAAGACGAUGUUCUCAAUUCCCUGGAAGCAUGCAGCUCGACAUGGCUGGGAGAUGGAGAAGGACGCAUGUCUGUUCAAAAAGUGGGCCAUCCACACAGGGAAAUAUGUGGAAGGUCAGACCAGUGACCCAAAGACAUGGAAAGCCAACUUCCGCUGUGCAAUGAACUCACUGCCUGACAUCGAGGAGGUGAAAGACAAGAGCAUCAAUAAAGGCCACCAAGCCAUGCGCGUCUUCAGGAUGUUGCCUGCCACCCCAAAAUCUAGAGAUAAACGAAACAAAUCAAAGGACACAAAGCCAAGGAAGAAGAGCUCAAUUGUCAAGAUGGAGGACGACAUGGACAGUCAGACUCCCAUGGAUGAGUCAGCGCCAGAAGAAACUUUGUCCACUCAGGAGAACACAGUCGACAGCACAGUGAACACAGAGCCGCAAGAAUUCAUGUUUGUGGCUCCAUCUGUUCCUGACUGGCCAGUUGACAUCGAGCCUGAGAGCUAUAGCAACAACAACUUCCACCAAAGAUUUGAAGUUUCUCCUGACCACAGCCCUGAUUACGACUCUGCCAACGACGAGAUUAUUCAGAUUUGCCAGCAACUGGAGAAAGACUCAUUCUUGCUGUCAAGCAGUUUAGACUGCAAGGGGUUCCUGAGCAAUGAAGCAUGCACCAGUCCAGGAAGCCAGUGGAGUGAAUCUUCCUCAGAUGAAAUAGACGACAUGCCACCUCAGUACCUUACUUUGGGCACAGAGUUCCAAAAUCCCACAGACAACCUCUGGAACAGCUUUUACCAACAGAUCCCCUCAGUCCUGUACUGAAAGCUUCAGGACAGGACAGUGCAGUGACACUUUGGACUUUUAAAAGGGCUCUUCCUGCCCACAAUUCUUCCCAUCUGACAUCUCUUCUCAUCCAUUAUCAUCCCUCCAGUCUGUGAUGGCCCGGGUUCCAAACAUUAAGCUAAACCCCCCCCGUACCAUAUGGUCCGACGUUCUGAGACCUUUCCUCAUCUCCUUAAACCUUUCUGUGAAGUUAUGAAGAGAAGCUAUGAAGUGCGCUGCCUUGUUAGAGGAACUUACAUGCUUUUCAUUCUCUAUGUUUUUGGCUGGUUCAAGACAUGUUGGUGCUCAGUUUUUUGUGACAAUGAGUUGCAAUAGCACAUAAAUCUGUUUUGCUCAGGCAGUCCAUGAAGAUAUACUCAUACUAAGCCAUGAAUACAUAUGAGGUAGCCAAUACUUCAAAAUGCAAAUUGGAUUAUAUUUAGUGUGCUCAACAUUUUGCAUCAUUGUUAAUGUUUAGUAUCAUCCCAUAAAAUAUAUAUUUUUUUCUCCGUUAUGUGCAAAAGUUAUUUUACUUUAAGGGAUAAAAAUGCAUCGUAAACCUCUUCUGGUGAAAGCUCUACUUCAAAGUCAUACGUUUAUAAGACAAUUGUAAAUUACUGUAUAUAGUGUUUUGUUUGUGUGUUUUUUAUAAAAGAAAUAAAAAAUCUAAAUGUGAA